CCAAUCUGUCCCAUUCCCACCAAACCCUAGCUUCACCUUUCCUUUCUACUCAAUGGCAGCAGAAAUAAUCUCAUCAGUCUCAAAUCCCCCAGUUGUAAAGAAGAAGAGAAAUCUCCCAGGAACACCAGAUCCAGACGCAGAAGUAAUCGCUCUAUCGCCGAAAACCCUACUAGCGACAAACCGAUUCUUAUGCGAAAUAUGUGGCAAAGGAUUCCAAAGAGACCAAAACCUACAACUCCACAGAAGAGGGCAUAACUUGCCGUGGAAGCUGAGGCAGAGGAGCAGCAAGGAGCCGAGGAAGCGCGUGUACGUGUGCCCAGAGAAGGGCUGCGUGCAUCAUAACUCGUCGCGGGCGCUCGGGGAUCUGACGGGGAUCAAGAAGCAUUUCUGCAGGAAGCAUGGAGAGAAGAAGUGGAAGUGUGAUAAGUGUGGCAAGAAGUACGCGGUGCAGUCGGAUUGGAAGGCGCAUUCUAAGACUUGUGGGACGAGGGAGUACCGCUGUGAUUGUGGGACUAUCUUUUCUAGGAGGGAUAGCUUUAUCACCCACAGAGCCUUUUGCGAUGCCUUAGCCGAAGAAACAGCAAGGAUCUCAGCAGCUUCGAACCUCAACAACUUACCUCCACCCUUCAACACUCUCAACUGUCAACUCACCACUCCAACUCCUCAUGACUUCACGAUACCUGACAUCCUACAGCCCAUCUCCACAAAUCCUUUCAAGCCCACUGGGCUCUCUCUAUGGACGGACCAUGGGCCCAAUACAGCUCACCAAAACUUAACCAGCAACAUGCAUCAUAUCGAACUCUAUGGAGAUCACCAGUUCGCAUCCUUAUCAAAUGCACAGCAACUGGAGUCCCAGCUCAACUUGUUGUACGGGAACAAGCUCCUAUCUCGGAGCUCUGGGGAGCUCACAAGCACAAGCAGCGCUAAAGAAUUCGAUAGCUCAAACUCGCUCCUCGAAAGUGUUCCUUCACUAUUCAGCACUCAAGAAAACACUUACCAUCCCCCAUUGGACACAUCAGCGACCGCACUGCUUCAAAAAGCUGCUUUGAUGGGAGUCACUUCAUCGGUUCCUCCUUUUAUUCGGGGUUUCGACAUGAAGAUGGUGCAGAGUUCUCAGUGUCAAGAUGGUAAUAAAUUCGAUGGGUUGUUCAAUAUUCAGAGUAAUCCGAGUCUGAACUUCGAUCUUGCAAGCAGUCUAGAGAACUCAAUCAAUGAUUUCGCGGUGUCAAACACGUUUGAUGUCGGAGGAGAGACUAGGGAUUUCUUGGGGGUUGGAGUUCAAACACUUAGAUCGUCCUCCAUUAAUGGAUGGAUUUGAGUAUGAUUAGGUUUGAUUUUAGUGGAAGAAAUGUUAUUGUCAGUGGAUGGGUCAGUACUAUGUAUGCUUUUUUGUGAAGACUUUGUAUGGGAAAAAAGUAGUGAUGAGAGGCUUUUACCAGUUGGAAAGAGAUUCAUGCAUAUACUUGUUCAUGGGCCUGAAAACCACUUCUUUGGGGUGGUAGCUUUUCGUUUCGGAAAGCAAGUGAGGAAAGUGAAAGUGUUGGCAA